UAUAAAUGCUCAACUUCUAAGUCCGAAAGCAGACGAAACAUAUAUUCUUGUGGGAGAAAGAAUCUACAAGGAUCACACUGCAAAGAGAAACUAAUUAAGUACUGAAACUCUGAAGCUAGCACACAAACAACACAAGUAUACUCCAUUUAAGUUUCUUCAGAGAGAGAGAGAGACAAAGAAGCAGAAGAUUAAGAUGGAAUGGAAGAAAUAUUAUUUGGAUGUGAUGCUGGUACCAUCAGGAUUUCUGUUAAUCACUGGUUACCAUUUCUGGCUAUGGCAUAAGGUCCGCACACAACCUUCUUCCACCAUUAUUGGAAUCAAUUCUCAUGGAAGACGCUCCUGGAUCCCUGCCAUGUUGAAGGACAUUGAAAAGAAGAACAUCCUAGCAGUUCAAACUCUCCGUAAUCUGAUAAUGGGCUCAACUCUCAUGGCCACCACCUCCAUCCUCCUCUCCGCCGGGUUGGGAGCCGUCAUAAGCAGCACUUACAGCGUGAAGAAGCCUCUCAACGACGCCGUCUACGGCUCUCACGGCGAGUUCAUGGUGGCUCUCAAAUACGUGACACUCCUAACCAUAUUCUUAUUCUCAUUUUUCUGUCACACCCUGUCUAUCAGGUUCUUCAACCAGGUGAGUGUCCUCAUUUGCACACCAUUAGAUGUCCCAUCCAUGGUGACCCCUGAAUAUUUGAUUGAGCUUUUGGAGAAAGGAACCAUUUUGAGCACUGUUGGUAACAGGCUUUUCUACUCAGCACUUCCUCUUGUGCUUUGGAUCUUUGGACCGGUUCUCGUUUUCUUGUGUUGUGUCGCUAUGAUUCCUGUGCUUUACAAUUUGGACUUUGUUUGUGGGAGUGGAAAGGGAUCCAAGAUGAUGAAGAAUGACAAAGGGAGUGAUCACUACGUCGUUUGAUCACUAUCGAGACAAUACAAUUGAUUAUGAAGUCAUAAUCAAAUUUAGUAGAAGAUUCCAAGUUUCAGAAUUGAUCGAUUCUGAGGAAGAAGAAACUAUAAGCGAGACAUGCUAUAAAAUGUGAAAUAGAUAGGAAUUAUUUGAAUACAACAUUAGUAAAGAUUAAAAUCUUAUGUCACUCGUUAAAUGUCUCAUUCCUUGCAUCACCAAUAGAAUUCUGUUAUAUCAAUUAGAAAAAUAUUGAUAUAAUAGUUAUAACCUUAUUAUAUAGAGUAGUUUUUAAUUGAUAUGUUACAAUUCUAUUAAUAAGAAAGAGAAUGAGACGAGUGAUGAAAACAUAAGAUUCUACUCAUUAUUAGGGGCAUCAUCUACUAUACUUUUAUGUUUUAAAGGUGUUUGUUCCUUGUAAUAGUUAUAAUCUUCCUCUGAUCACAAGCCACUUGCUGAAGUGCUUUCAAAAAUAAUGCAAGUGGCUUUUCCAAUGUGGCUUUGAUUGUGGUUAUCAUUAUUAACCUUUUAGAUUUGGUUCCUAAUGGGAGCUUUUCUUUUAUGGCGCGCACUGAAGUGCUUUUUA